GGACUUAUUUACAUAAACGCUCCUAAUUGUUUCUUAAUCACAGAUAUUGUCUAUUAAACGUCACUUUAUUUGUAACCCCUCGCGCCUUCUGGAAUUACAGUGGAUUUGACAUCAUUAUGAAGCGUUGCCGAGCCUCACAAGCGAUGCUCAACUUUCCUCUGAGAUUCUCCACACAGCUGUGCGAACUGAGGCUUAUUUAGACGGAUCACACAUCCACGACCACCAGACUGCUUUUAACAACAAACACUUGUGGCGCGGAACUACAAAUCUGUGACUUUUUAUGGGAUGGCACUUCUAUAUUUUUAAUGUUUGAGGUGCUUGUCAGACACUUCAGAAGACAUAUAAAACUCACGAAACAGACCGUGACUGUCAAGAUGACAACGUUUAGUAACUGCACCGAGGGAGAGACUCAUUUUGAGAUGCUUGGAGGGGGAAACAUCUAACCGCUACCCUGUUUUUUUGCUUAUGAAGGGACGAAGGCUGCGUUUAUCGUCCUGUAGACCUUAAGGAAGACUUGUCGGUGGAAAAACACCGACCCGUUCCCUUCUUCAUCCCCGACCAACUUCAGAGGAACUGAAGAUGCUGCGCCUCAGCCCAGCUGGGCUCAUAUUUUUCAUGCUUUGCAGAGUCAUCGACAGUCGGAUGCUGAUGGAAGGACUGCAGAGAUUCGGUGCAAUCCCGACUUAUCUUCCGGUCCGAUACCAGGUGCUGAAUGCAGAGUCUGCCUUCUUCCUAAAGGAGGCCAACCAGGACAUCAUGAGGAACUCCAGCCUGCAGGUUCGUACAGAACUUUUCUUCAUCCAACAAGCCAGAAAGACGCCGUCGGUCAAUGCCAGUUACGGGCCACUGUAUGUAGAACAACCUGUGCCUGCGGAGCUUCUGGGCCCAGAACUCUUCAACAACCCCUCAUCCACGUCGCCAUCGUCCACUUCCUCUCCUCUCUUUAGUUUUAACUGGAAAGUGCAGACUUUUAUUAUCAGUGAGCGAAUCCAUCCAAGUUGGCCGAAGGUUCAGGUUCUCUUCUACGUUGUGGGCCGGGACUGGGAUGACUACAGUGCCGUGGACAAUUUGCCGUGUGUCAGGAUGUUUGCCUUCCACGAAACCCAAGAGGUACGAGGCACCUGUCAUCUAAAAGGGGAACUCGGACUGUGCGUGGCUGAACUGGAACCUCUGCUUAGCUGGUUCAGUCCCCCUAGUGUCAUACCAGGUCGACAGAGAUCUCCCGAGCUGGUUGAAGGCACUCCUGUGGAGCUGUAUUACAUGCUACAAUCCACCGACACUGGAGAAUGCAGCUCGGAAGACUCCCGCAAGACCAAUUCCAUCCACACUGGGCAGCUGGGCCCUGCCGGGUACUUCUCAGGGCCCACACCCAUGCGCAGGAUCGGCAGCGUACGCCUAUUCCAGCCGCUCUCUGAGCUGCGUUUGGACAGUAACUUUGUGGUGAUGGUUCCCUCCAGACCCAUCAGGCAGAGGGAGACGGUGUCAGCCUUCCUAGCAGUCUCCACCCUUUCAUCAGUAGAGAUCUUCACUUUAAGUUUUUGGAAGUUGUAUUCAAAAUUCACUUGGCUCAAGAACAUGCCCACUCAGUUUGAGUAG